UUUAGAAUUUAAUGACACAAAAAAAACUGAUACUAUCUAGAUGUCGCCAGUUACAAACUUUCCAAAAUGGCGGAUAACAUAAAUAUAUCCAUGUGUAGAUAGAAAACACUUUGUUUCUAUCUAUAAAAAUGAGAAACUAUCAAAUUUAAAUUUUUUCUUGUUUGAAUGGCAAUGAUAAAGUCAAAAAUGGCAGAGUUUGGACCAGAUUCUGGAGGAAGAAUGAAAGGUGUGACAAUUGUAAAACCUAUAGUAUAUGGAAAUGUUGCUCGUUAUUUUGGAAAAAAACGUGAAGAAGAUGGACAUACACAUCAGUGGACAGUUUAUGUGAAACCAUACAGAAAUGAGGAUAUGUCAACAUAUGUGAAGAAAGUACAUUUUAAAUUACAUGAAAGCUAUGCCAAUCAAAAUAGAGUUGUUACAAAACCACCUUAUGAAGUCACAGAAACUGGUUGGGGAGAAUUUGAAAUUGUCAUUAAAAUAUAUUUUCAUGAUCCAAAUGAAAGACCAGUUACAUUUUAUCAUAUUCUUAAACUGUUUCAAAGUGAAACAAAUAUUAUGUUAGGGAAGAAGCAUUUAGUUUCAGAAUUUUAUGAUGAAUUGAUAUUUCAAGAUCCUUCUGCUAUGAUGCAGCAAUUGUUGACAAGUUGUCGACAAUUAACAUUAGGACCAUAUAAGCAUGAAACAGAUUUUGAAGAGAAAAAAGAAAAGACUCUCUCUGCUAUACUUUCAGCAAAGAAUAAGAUAAGGUUAGAAAUUGCAGAUUUGAAAGAAAGAUUGAAGGUUGCCAGAGAAACAAUUGCUAGAUUCAGAGAGGAGAUUGUUAAAGCUGAAAAUAUUCAAGAUCAAGAACAUGAGAAAAUUUAAAUAAUAAAACUUAACUUGAUCUUAUUUUCUGACUGUCAGCUAAAACAUAUUUUAGAUUUUUUUUGUAACAUUAUAUUGUGACAAAUGAUUACAUGACACUGCAACAUUUUAUAAAUUCAUCAUUACUUAGCCUACUUUUUUAUUUUAAGUUUUGCAACAACUUUUUUUACAAAGUUAUGUAUAUUUACUGUUUUUAAAAAAUAAAACAAAAUAUUUU